GUGUCUGAUCUGAAGAGAAGCUGAACAGAAUGACGUCAUCGGGUGUUCUGAUGAUGCUCCUGUUCUUUAAGCAUGUUACUGCAGACAACUCAGGUACGGUUGUUACAGUUGUGAGGCGUGUCAUGACCAAGCACCUGCCUAGACUCACCUGUGGAACGUGAGAGGGGAGAUGCUUUCCAAACCGGGUCCGUCACUUGCACCUGUCAAGAUGGCUUGUUGGCGACGGCAUCACAUGCUACGACCUUGAAUUCUGCGCUAAAGGUCCUGCUGUCGUCAAGGUUACGGCUGGUCCUCGGAGCUGGGCUGUGUGGACGUUGACGAGUGUUCCUCCCAGACAACCCUGCAGCCCUCCUCAGGUCUGUGAGAACACCCCGGGAUCCUUCAACUGCCUGGUGCCUCCUGAAGACGACCUCCACUCCAGUCCUGGUUCUGACUCCGUUCAGUGCAGUUUCAGUGCGGGGGGAGACGGUGUCCAGUGGGAGAGGACUGUAUCAGUGUUGGUGGAACAUCCCUUGUGGCAGACCCUGCCUGCACUACUCUGUACUGAAUGACGACUGGCGUUCACACCAACUACGGUCCGCUAACGGCUACCACUGUGACUCGUCUGUCAACUGGCAGGGCUGGUAUCGCCUGUUCCUGGGGAACACCAGUGUUCAGAUGCCAGAGAGGUGUGUGGAAAAGUACAUGUGUGGGACGGAGAUCCCUUGUGGCUUCCAUUAGCGCAUCCCAGCUGUUAGACGGGGUGGUUCAGAGGAGCGUCUGUGGACACUAUUACUAUGACUGCUGCUACUGGAGGCAAAAUCCAAUCCCAUCCAUGUCAAAGCCUGCUAUGGAAACUACUAUGUCUACAAGUUGGUCCCUACAACAACAUGCAACAUGGCCUACUGUGCAGAUGUCAGCACCACGGUGUGUUCUACAUGUGGAGUGUUUGAUGCCUGUGUGAGCGACAAUGAGACCAACUGGAGAUGUGAGAGGAAAGCUCCAGAGCUGGUGUGUGGGCGGAGCCUCCUGAAGGUGGGCCUUCCAAAUGUUUACCUGGAGGCUGCUGGUCUGGAUGCUUCCUCUGCUCACCUGGCCGACCACCGCUGCUCCGCCCACGAGGAUCGUAACGGCACGGUGUGGUACCAGGUGGAGCGACGGGAGGGACGCUGUGGAAACACUCUGGAGACAAACGCCACCCAUGCUGUCUACUCCAACAGCUUAUUCGUUUAUCCAGUAGAUGGGAGGAACGACUCCCAACCCUUCGGCUUUCCCUUCUCCUGUGUCUAUCCUCUUGGAGACAGAGAGCAGCCUGGAUGUGCCAUCAGACCUCUCCCACUGUGAGAAAAUAUGCAGAAAGUCCAUUCUGUUUAUUCUGUUGUCUUUGUGCAAACUACACUAUU